AUGACCAAACGUCGCCUUGAGCGUGAACGUGGUCGCAAAGAAGCUGUGGCUGAUAUGUCAGAAGACUUAUCAGAAGGGGAGAAAGGAGACACCAUCACUGAUGCUUCUGCUCAUGGUGAUAACAGCAACAGAGGCCGUUUACCUAGAAUCAGCUCUACAGAUGCUAUGGAGGCAUGGGCUAAUCAACAAAAGGGGAAAAAACUUUACCUUGUACUCAUAAGUCUUCAUGGUCUUAUACGUGGUGAAAACAUGGAGCUAGGGCGUGAUUCUGAUACAGGUGGUCAAGUAAAGUAUGUGGUUGAACUCGCAAGGGCUUUAGCUUCAAUGCCAGGUGUCUAUCGUGUGGAUUUGCUGACUAGGCAAGUAGCAUCAUCUGAAGUAGACUGGAGUUAUGGUGAACCAACAGAAAUGCUAUCACCACACAAUUCAAAUAACUUAACAGAUGAAAUAGGUGAAAGUAGUGGCGCGUAUAUAAUCCGUAUUCCAUUCGGACCAAAAGACAAAUAUAUCCCUAAAGAAUCCCUAUGGCCUCACAUACCCGAAUUUGUUGAUGGAGCACUUAGUCAUAUCAUCCAAAUGUCAAAAGUUUUGGGGGAGCAAGUAGGUGGGGGCCACCCUGUGUGGCCUGUAGCAAUCCAUGGUCAUUAUGCAGAUGCAGGUGAUUCAGCUGCUCUUUUGUCUGGUGCCCUAAAUGUGCCUAUGCUUUUUACUGGUCAUUCUUUAGGGAGAGAUAAGUUGGAGCAACUUUUGAGACAAGGGAGAUUAUCUAAAGAUGAAAUAAAUGAUACGUAUAAGAUAAUGAGGAGGAUUGAGGCUGAAGAGUUGACUGUUGAUGCUUCUGAGGUUGUUAUAACUAGUACAAGACAGGAGAUUGAGGAACAAUGGAGGUUGUAUAAUGGGUUUGACCCUGUUCUUGAAAGGAAGCUUAGGGCUAGGAUUAGAAGGAAUGUGAGCUGUUAUGGAAGAUUCAUGCCUCGUAUGGUUGUGAUUCCACCUGGAAUGGAAUUCAAUCAUAUUAUCCCACAUGAUGGUGACAUGGAUGCUGACAUGGAAACAACAGAAGAUCGCCAAGCUUCUCCGGACCCGCCUAUCUGGACAGAGAUAAUGCGAUUCUUUACAAACCCACGAAAGCCUAUGAUACUUGCACUUGCUAGGCCAGACCCAAAAAAGAACCUUAUAACUUUGGUCAAAGCAUUUGGGGAAUGUCGCCCGUUACGUGAGCUUGCAAAUCUUACGUUAAUAAUGGGUAACCGAGAUAACAUUGAUGAGAUGUCAAACACUAGUGCUUCCAUGCUUCUUUCCAUUAUUAAAAUGAUUGAUAAAUAUGAUCUUUAUGGUCAAGUGGCAUACCCUAAACAUCAUAAGCAAAGUGAGGUCCCUGAUAUCUAUCGUUUAGCAGCAAAAACAAAGGGUGUUUUUAUUAAUCCAGCUUUUAUAGAGCCAUUUGGACUCACAUUAAUUGAGGCUGCAGCUCAUGGGCUACCAAUGGUUGCCACAAAAAAUGGAGGCCCUGUGGAUAUACACCGUGUACUUGACAACGGUUUACUUGUCGAUCCCCAUGAUGAAAAAUCCGUUGCAGACGCGUUACUAAAACUUGUAGCAGAUAAACAACUUUGGUCAAAAUGUAGGUCAAACGGGUUAAGAAACAUCCAUUUAUUUUCAUGGACCGAACACUGCAAAACUUAUCUUUCAAGAAUUGCAAGUUGCAAACCAAGGCAACCCGGGUGGCUAAAAAAUGGCAAUGAUAAUGAUGAUGAUGAUGAUGAUGAUGAUGAAAAUUCAGAAGCCGAAUCACCAAGUGAUUCUUUAAGAGACAUGCAAGACAUAUCUCUAAACCUAAAGUUUUCAAUGGAUAACUACGAAGAUCAAAAGGGUAAAAUAGAGAACGCAGUCAUGUCGUAUUCAAAGGGUGUCAUGAAAGGAGAAAAAACCGACCAAGGGAAGUUCCCGGCGUUACGAAGGCGUAAGGGUAUUUUCGUAAUUGCGGUCGAUGGUGAUGACAUUGGUGUUAUUUUUGAAAAUGUUAAGAAGGUUUUUGAGGCGGUGGAGAAGGAGAGGACUGAAGGUUCUAUUGGGUUUAUAUUGGCUACAUCGUUACAGAUGGCGGAAGUUCAUUCGUUUAUGGUUUCGAAAGGGUUAAAUUCGUCCGAUUUUGACGCGUUUAUUUGUAAUAGUGGGGCCGAUCUUUAUUACACGUCUUCUCAUAGUGAAGAUAAUCCGUUUGUGUUUGAUUUGUAUUAUCAUUCGCAUAUUGAGUAUAGGUGGGGUGGUGAAGGGCUUAGGAAGACUUUGCUUAGAUGGGCGUCUUCUUUUGUUGACAAGAAUAAAAAUGGCCAACAUGUUGUUACGGAAGAUGAAGCGGUUUCAACUGAUUAUUGUUACGCUUUCAAUGUUCACAAUCCCGCACUCGUUCCUCCGGUUAAGGAACUUCGGAAGAUGAUGAGGAUUCAAGCUCUUCGUUGUCAUGUUAUUUAUUGCCAAAAUGGGAAGAAGAUAAAUGUUAUCCCGGUAUUGGCAUCUCGUUCACAAGCCCUCAGGUAUUUGUAUCUACGAUGGGGAAUGGAGUUAUCGAAGGUGGUGGUUUUUAUUGGAGAAAGUGGUGACACCGAUUACGAAGGGUUUCUUGGUGGUGUUCAUAAGUCGGUUAUAUUGAAGGGAGUUAGUACCAAUAAUAGCAACCUACUUCAUGCCAAUAGAAUCUACCCUCUUUCAGACGUGGUCCCCACAGACAGCCCUAACGUUAUUCAGACAACCCAAGAUUUUACCAGUGCUGACAUCCGCACAAUGUUGGGAAACCUAGGAGUUCUCAAAGGAUAAGAAUUUGAUGUUUUUUUUUUGGGAAAUAUGAACUUUGUAUGUACAGUUCGGGAGCUGGAAUGGCCGGAUCUUGAGAAAUAAAGCUAUGGCAAAAGUUGUACCUUAUGCAUUGAAACUUAUACCUUCUUUUUGAAUUGGAAUUUUAAUUUUGGAAUUAAAAAAUAUUUGUUUGACCUUGAAAUGGGAAUAUCAUUGAUAUGAAAGGCGUCUAUCUUGCAAGCUAAGUUUGAGUUGGCUUGAGGGAAACCAUGUAGUUGUAGAG